AUGAAUUAUAAUCUCAAAACUUUCGAUACCAUCAAAUGGUUACGAAAUCGUUACAAGUCUAGGGUUAAAGAUUAAUACAUUCUCUAUGAAUCAGAACUCAAAGAAUAAAAUAUGAUGAAAGCAGUCUUUAACUCUAUUGAUAGAGAUAAAUCAAAAUUUCUAGAUAGAUCUGAAUUGUACGACAUGUUCAUUAAAUAUGGAAUCAACAUCAACAAAUCAAAACUAAAAGAAUUCUUCAAAAGCAUUGAUGAGGAUGAAGAUGAUAAAUUAAAUUGGACAGAUUUUAAGCAAGCUCUCAAAAAUCAAGAAGCCUUAAACAUGUUUGUUUAAUUAAUGAAGAAAAUAAGAGAAGACUAUGAAAUAAAUAAAAUAGAUCCUACUCAACUACUAACCUUUGUCCCUUUGAGUUUUCCCUAAAUGAUACAAUACAUGAAUUAUUGUGUCUUGAGAGAAGAGAUUAUUGAUAAGAUAGAAUCUGAGAAUAUCAACAAUUAUCAAAAGCACAAAUAAUGUGUAAAUCUUCUUACUUUAGAAGAUAAUUGCUACAGAAACAUCAAGCAGAAUAUUGCAGAUGAUAAUGACUCAGAAGAUGAAAUCAAGAAUGUUUCGAAAAUUGAUCACUCAUAAUUAUUAUAAAUGAAAAGGUUUCAAGAAAGAGAACUCAAAUUCAAAAGAUUAGAAAAAGUCAUAGAUAUAAGCAAAAGAAAGUUUUAUUCAAAUCCAACCUAAGAUUUAGGUAUAACGGACAAUGUAAGAUUGUCAAAUAUUACAGAUAUUAAAGUCAAUCUCUCAUAGGAAAUUAAUAAAACCAGAGAAAAUGUUGAUAAAUUUUUAGCUAUCCUUAAUAAUGAAAAAUUGAUAUUGCAAAAAUCAAGGCAAGCAUCUCGAGUUUCCUCUAGAUAAAGAUCAAGAGAGAAGAAAAAUGGGAUUUUUAAGAAGAACACAAUCCUGGUUGAAGCAGAGAAAGAAUUAUUUAAUGCUUCUGCUCCAUAGUAAAACAAAUUUAAAAUUCUAAAUUCUGGAUCUCUAAAUAAACAAAAAUAUCCAAGAGAAAGGAUAUUAUCAUUAAAUGUAAAAUAUAAAUGA